CGGAAGAAAAAAAGGAAUUUUACCUUUCUUCCUCGUCCCAAUUCCAGCGGAAGGCCUUUCCAUCUUCAUCGCGAGAAAUCUGCAAUUUCCUCAGCCCUUCGCCAUCUCCUUUCCUUUUGAAUGUCGACUGAAAUUCGAAGAAAAAUCAGCUUUCCUUCACCAACAAUCGCAAGUUUCCUUUCUCAAUUCGAAACGUCAUUCUUUGAGAAUUGCAAGCUAUUGUGUUCGGAGGCAAGAUGGAGUUGUCUUAAAAAUGCAGAGGAGUUGGAGGGUGAUGCUGAUUUUGUUGUUUUUGUUGAACUGCAGCCAGUGGUACUCCAGACUAGGGAAGAAAGUGAAAGAAAGCAACCAGAUCGUUGUCCAAGCAUCGGUUAUUCUUCGAAUGAAGUUUAAUUGGGUUUCAAAUUGCAGCCUAGAGGUAAUUUUAAUUCUUGAUUUCUUCCUAGCGGAAUUACACAGUAGAGGCAAUUUCACUUCUUGAUAUCUUCUUUAUUUCUUCUUGGAGUUCUUUUUCAAAUUCAUUUUGACUAAUUACGGAUUAGGGAGCAAUUAAUUUCAUACUUGAGGAAAUAAUCUAAACAAAGCGUAUAAAAAAACUCCGUAGUAGAAAAUUAAACACUAGCUUUUCUAAUUGAUUAACCCCAUGUUGGGUGAAUGAUGAUGCUGAAUCAAUUGAACUAUGAGGAGGUUUGUCAACUACGUAGUACUACAUAAUUCUUCUCAAUUGUUUCUAACUAUUUCUUGAAUAUUUAUACAUCAAUCACAAACUAACUUCUGCAUAUUUACUGUGUUAUUAUUUACAUAUAUAGAGUUAUGAAGAUGUUACAUAUUUACGAUCAUUUUGGCGCAGAGAUAAAUGUUGGGAAACUAAAUUCUGCCCUAAAACGCCUAGGAUUCAGCUCUUCUUCUAUUCUGCAGAUGAUCGACCAGGACGAAAGUAUCGCUGCCUCAUCCAUUUUUUUUGCAAAACCGAAAUGUUUGUAACUUUAAGCUCAUUAUCAUUAUAUUUUUAGGAUCAUUUUAGGAUAUGUUACCCCUAAUUAAAACAAUGAUUAGGUGAUAGGCAUUAUGUGAUGAAUUCCUUUGUAAAUUUUGACAGUGGUUGUCUUCUUAUCACCCUGCUUAUUGAACCUUUUAUGUAACAUAAUGUCUCAGGGUAUGUGGAGAAAUAAAGAUAUGUGAUGUCUAUAAAACACUACUCAUUCUCUAUGUUCUUAAUGUUUCAAGAUCAGAUAGUUCAUAAUUCUACAUUACCUAAGAUUGAUGAGAGGUUUUGUGCAUUCCCAAGUACACAGGUCAUCUUGAUAUCAUUUGAAAAGGAACCACUCUUUGAUGUGAGAACCACAUUUCCUACCAUUUUGAAAAUUUUUUAAUCAAUCACCCCAUGUACUUUUGUACAACGUAGUGGUUGUAUAUGCAAUAGCCAUCCAUUCACACAUUAAAAAAAUUUAAUCAAAAGGAUUAGACAUUUCUUUCUCCCCCACCUCCCUCUUUUCUUAACACAUUUAUGAUAAAAUGAUAAAGCAAGACAUGCAUUUGAUUUGGAUAUUCUAACAAAUUCAUUCAUACAUAAGUCACACAUUCACCUAUUUUAUUGCUAAAACUUUGAAAAAAAUCUUUGUUUUAGGUACCCCACAUGUAUUCUACCAAGGUUUUUUUUAGUUUCAUAGCAUUUUAAAUAGUAAAUUUUGUUUCCCAAGAUAUUUCAGUUUGAUAGCAUUCUAAAAGCACAGUAGAAAUGUGUCCAACUUUAUUAACCCUUCCAUCUUUUAAUAAGAUCUUUUCUGUACUGCAUUAGUUUGUUAUGGUUAACCACAUCCAUCCUGAAGCUAUGUCAUGAGAGAUACAUUUUUUAAGAGACGUAUCAUGAAAUCAGACAUGCAUUCGUUUUGAGCUGCAAUGAUAAUACCAUUAACGAUGCACUGUGUUUCAUUUGUACCAUUUAAUAUUUGUUCAUAUAUGUUUCAUAAUGGACUAUAAAAAAACCUGCAAUUAGCUAUGAAUUGUGAAACUAUAGCAUGCGUUUCUAAGCAAUAUCAGACUUCCAAGGCAUUGAAAUUUUAUGUUAAUAAAGUCCACCAUGAAUUAAGAUCAGUGAUUAUUCAAAAUAGUUUCAUAAACUUGAUAAAUGCCCUCAAUUUCCUCGGUAAAUUAGAACCUAGCUACUGUAUCUGACUCCUCUUGCAGGCACAUGACUUAUUUAGAGCAGCAUAAGAGCAACAUGGGUUAUUAUAGUGGAGUUAUUGUAAUUGCUUUAAGCAAACAAAACUACUAUUGGUUUGUGUGUGUAAAGUAUCACAUGAGCUCUAAGGAUGUGUUUUUAAAAGAUUUUAGAUGCAUUUGAGAAAAAAGAUCAUGUUUUUGUUUUAUUGAACAAAAAGGGUGUAAUGUACAGCUCAUGAAGCAAGUUUCAAUCAAACAAACACAAAUAAAUAUCCUUUUAAAUGAAAAACAAAUUAUACGAGCUAUUUUUCCCAUGUUUUGUUAUUUAAUUAGAGCAAAAUGACUGUCAACUGAUGCACUUUUAGUUGCUCCCAAUAACUUAUUUGCAUUCUGCAAUUUAUAGGUCAACUUAUUAUGCUAUAACAAAUGUAGUGAUCCACAGAUUCAUGGUUGAAAUGUGUUUGGUGCCAAACAAAAGUUGGCUGCUUUCAGUGUUCCUCUUGACCGGAGUGAUGAAAAAAGUUGUAGUAUCUGUGUUUAGAAGGUUUUCAUUGUGCAAUCCAUGUCACAACUACUAUGUCCAUGAAAGGAAAAAAAACUUUUAUAUACCACCGGUGUAUAUGCUGAAUUGCUGGUAGCCAAAGAAGAUUCAAAUCAUCUUGUGUAUGCUCCUUUCUCCCCCCGCCCCUGCGAUUCUCAUUCCAUUCCAGACGACCUCGAAGCGAAGAGAUUAAUCUUGCACUGUGAAACCCUAACACCCUAAAUUGGGAAGCAGCUCUAGUAACAUCAGCAUGACACGAGUUUCUAUAUGAGGAGAAAAGGGCAUUCAAUCUUUGCUGAGUUUUAAGCCCUUCUUUCCAAUUUCCAUACAUUAAUGCGUCGGACUUCGCACGUUCUCUCCUGCGUGGGCAGCUUUUCUCUUCGUUCUACCGCUCCUGCCUCUCUCUGCGCCCUCAAUGUGGACUUCUUAGCCCAUUUUCACUCUUACAGACCCGAGCUCGAAAAUGGGGCAGAAUCUUGCCCCAAUGUUUAUCGCAGAUUUCAAGGAGAUACACAUUGUCAGCCUAUUGGUGGACGAUGGACUCCAGCUCUUUCAUCUGGAUUCCAUGCUCUAUAUCCCAGGAGCUCUGUUAUAUCUUCAACUCCCGUCCCAUUGAAUCUCAAUCAUAGCCUCUUCCUAAGCCAUGGUUUCUUAACCAGAGCUAAAAAGAAUAUUACUGCAAUAGAAGUGGACUCUCACGGUCAGCGAGCUGUCACAACUGCAUUGUGGUGCAACUUUCUUGUGUUUUCUCUCAAAUUCGGGGUCUGGUUUGCUACUUCUAGCCAUGUUAUGCUAGCUGAAAUGGUGCACUCAUUGGCAGAUUUCGCGAACCAGGCACUUCUUGCUUAUGGCUUAAGUAGUUCAAGGCGUGCACCAGACGCUCUCCAUCCGUAUGGUUAUUCUAAGGAAAGAUUUGUUUGGUCUUUGAUAUCUGCUGUUGGCAUUUUCUGUCUUGGUUCUGGUGCUACAAUAGUUCAUGGAGUUCAAAACUUGUGGACUGCACAGCCUCCUACUUAUAUUGGAUAUGCAUCAUUGGUGAUUGGUGGCUCAUUCAUCAUUGAAGGUGCUUCUCUGCUUGUUGCAAUACAAGCUGUUAAAAAAGGUGCAGCUGCAGAAGGAAUGACAAUUAGGGAAUAUGUAUGGCGUGGCCAUGACCCUACAUCUGUUGCUGUUAUGACAGAGGAUGGGGCUGCAGUUACAGGCCUAGCCAUUGCUGCUGCUUCGUUGUAUGCAGUGAAUAUAACAGGAAACCCAAUAUAUGACCCCAUAGGUUCCAUCAUUGUUGGCAACCUUCUUGGAAUGGUGGCUAUAUUUCUGAUUCAGAGGAACCGUCAUGCUUUGAUUGGUAGAGCAAUCGAUGACCAUGAUAUGGAGAGAGUUCUUCAGUUUUUGAAAAAUGAUCCCGUUGUUGAUGCUGUAUAUGAUUGCAAGAGCGAGGUGAUAGGACCUGGAUUUUUUAGAUUCAAAGCAGAGAUUGAUUUCAAUGGGGUGGUGCUGGUGCAGAAUUAUCUAGAAAGAGCCGGACGCCAGGAGUGGGCGCGACAGUUCCGGGAGGCUGCAAAGGAGAAGGAUGAUACAACUCUGCUCAUGCUCAUGUCAAAUUAUGGUGAGGAGGUUGUGACAGCAUUGGGAAGUGAAGUUGAUCGCCUGGAAAAAGAGAUCCAAGAAAUAGUUCCCGGCAUUAAGCAUGUGGAUAUUGAGGCACAUAACCCCAUUUGAACACCCAAAUUUUACUUGAGAGGUAGUAUAAUCUUUUACUCACUUGCUUCCGGAAUAUUUUUUAAACACAAACAAUCCCUUGAUCACCCUUAGGGUUAUAUAUGUUAAGAAAUUAUUGUUGCUCAUCUAGUGUGAAAUAGGAUUCAGAAGAGUUUUUUAUGAGUGCAGCAUCUUCACUGUUGCUGUGUGUUUAUUUUCUUAAAUUCAACUAGGCGGAGAGAAAGAUUGGAAAAUGUUAUGGAUUUGAAAAAAGAUCCCUUUAAAGUGAUGGUGUGAUCUACCUUGACGGAUGAUUUUCGCAUUUUCUAAGCCUUCCCAUACACGCUUCCUUGCCCCCCAUGCACUACUUUUUGUAGCCUUAGUUUCACGAGCACUUAUACCAUACAUCUGGAUGGAUGUAUGAUGUUUUCCGUACAUCUACUUGAUUAUUCAUAUUCAAGUAACAGAGUACUCAUUUUCGAGUAAUUAAAUAUUCAUUUUCGAG